AUGUACUACCAUGUGCUGUGUAGAGGCGUACUGACAGGGUCCAAUGUGAACCCACACAGGGUGGUGGCGGUCCAGGCCCGAGCCAAAGGCACGGAAGCCGGCCCCGACCGCACCCCAUCUGAGGAGGACAUCCGAUCAGUGCGCAUCGGCAAGGCCCAGGCCCUGCGGGACGCAGGACUGGAGCCCUAUGCCUACUCCUUUGACAGGAGUGCCAGCGCUGCGCAGCUGCAGGCAGCCCACGCCGAGCUCCCCGCCGGCCAGGAGGACCGGGAAGCCAGGGUGUCGAUCGCAGGGCGCAUCACCCUGCGCCGUGUGCUCGGCAAGCUGGCCUUUGCGCGCCUGAACGACGAGUCCGGCGCCAUCCAGCUCUAUUUUGACAAGGGCACGCUGGGCCAGCCCGCCUUUGCCCGCGUCAAGGAUGUGCUGGACAUCGGCGACAUCGUCGGCGCGGAAGGGCACAUGAAGCGGACUGACAAGGGGGAGCUGAGCGUCGUGGUCACAUCCUGGACCAUGCUGACCAAGGCCAUCCAGCCGUUGCCAGACAAGUGGCACGGCCUGGCUGACGUGGAGGCACGGUACCGCCGGCGGUACGUCGACAUGAUCGUUACCCCGGGCGUCACCAACACGCUGCGGGCCCGGUCCAAGACCAUCAGCGCCCUGCGCCGCGCCCUGGAGGACCGGGGCUUCCUGGAGGUGGAGACGCCCGUGCUGGAGACGGCGGCCGGGGGUGCUGAUGCACGGCCCUUCCUCACCUACCAUAAUGUGAUGCAGCGCCAGCUGUCCCUGCGCAUUGCCACCGAGCUGCACCUCAAGCGGCUGGUGGUGGGGGGCCUGGAGAGGGUGUUUGAGGUGGGGCGCAUCUUCCGGAACGAGGGCGUGUCCUCGCGCCACAACCCUGAGUUCACCAGCGCGGUCACGGGAUCCGCCGCGAUCACGUACCAGGACACCGCCAUCGACCUGGGCGCCCCCUUCCGGCGUGCCACCAUGCACUCCCUGGUCCAGGAGGCCACCGGCGUGGACUUCGGCGGCUUCUCUACAGCCGACACGGCCGCCGCGAUCGAGGCCGCGCAGGCCGCACUGGCCGCGCCGGGCGCCGCGGCGCCCUCCCCUGAACUAGCCACCGCGAUCGCAGCCGCCACCUCCCCCGGCCUGGUGGUCAACCUGCUGUUCGAGGCGCUGGUGGAAAGCACGCUGGAGCAGCCCACCUUCGUGCUGGACCACCCCGUGGAGGUGUCCCCGCUGGCCAAGCGCCACCGCGACAACCCGGCGCUCACCGAGCGCUUCGAGCUGUACGUGGCGGGACGGGAGCUGGCCAACUCUUUCACCGAGCUGAACGACCCGCUGGAGCAGCGCGCACGCUUCGAGGCGCAGCUGGCCUCCCACGCCGCCGCGCGCGACGCCGCCGCGGCCGCUGCGGCCGCCGCCGGCCCGAGCGCAACGCCCGGCGCGGGUCCAGACGUGGACUAUGAGGUGGCGCUAGACGAGGACUUCCUGUCGGCACUGGAGGUGGGGCUGCCGCCCACGGGGGGCAUGGGCAUGGGCAUCGACCGCCUCGUCAUGCUGCUGACAGACUCGCCCAGCAUACGCGAUGUCAUCGCCUUCCCACUCAUGAAGUGA